CCAGUUCUCCAGUUUCUUGUUUUUCCUUCGAAAGAGUCUGGGCUUCAGCAUGGCUGCGCCGAUCGAUAUCCAAAUGGUUGAGUUAGACAGGAACCAAAGUCAGCAGCUCCUUGAUGCCUCGGCCACGCAGCCAAAAGGAAAUACUCAAACUAUUCUCGGAUAUAUGCCCACUAGAGAAACGUGCAACAAAAUGAUCUGCUGGAGGUGUAAAAUGUGGAUGCUGAUUGUUUCAACAGUUGCAAUGUUAACCGCAGCCAUUACCAUCAUUGUCAUUCUCAGUAUAAGAGCCACUCCACUGGAUGAUGAGUUAAUUGAUCCAAACCUCAAAAUCCAUGGAACUCCCCGAUAUUAUAUUGGAAGCAUAAAAAUAUCCAACUAUUCAUUUACACCUGGACUAAUGGUGCCCCAAUCUAAAAACUUAACCAGCUUGUCAAAGACAUUAAAACACAUGCUGAACCAACUAUAUACUACAUCUCCAGCUCUUAGAUAUUAUUUUGUGGACAGUGACGUCUUCUCAUUUAGCCACAGCGGUGCUAUUGCAUAUUUCUGGCUACAAUUUGCAUUACCAAAAGAAAAGGAUCUUUUGAUUAAAUAUACUCUAAGUACUGAAGUUCUGAUAAAUGUAUUGCGACAGCAUCUCCAAACUGCUGAUGUAGGAAGGAUUAUGAAAAUUGAGCUGUCUUCUCUCAUGCUACGAGUUGCUAAUGAAGAAUAUGUUCAAAGCUUGAAAACAGGUCAAUGUGUGCAUCAUGUUUUGUUACUGAGUGAAGAACAGACUUUUGAUUCACUGGGAUUAAUUCAAUGCAACAGAAGCAGCAGUAGCUAUUGGCUGGUCCAAGGAGGGAUUGGUUACUCCAUCAAAGCUACAAUUUCAACUCAACCUGGAGGAACCACCUGCAAUGGUGUGGAUGUGGCAACUUAUAGUACUGGGUUUCUUGACCCAAAACAAACUGUUAGUAAGUUUGAACAAACUGGUCAACCCUUGACCGCUGAGGUCAUCGUUUCUGGGGAUACAUUACUGGUGGCCUUUAACCCAACAGCUGGAUGCAAUCUGUUGCAGUAUUCGAUUACAUUUCUUCAGGUGCCAGUGACAGAGUGUGGUGGUGUCCUUGGUGGAACAAAAGGAAGCUUCAGGUCACCCAGAGAUUCUAAUAACCAGGAGAAAGCUGUCAAUUGCACUUGGAACUUAAAGGUUCAAGAACAUUUUAGAACCAAAAUUGUUUUCAAAGAUUUCAAGCUGGGUGGAUCUCCAAAGACAGGAGAGUCAUGUGUAACGGAUUAUCUGGAGGUUGAUAGUCGAAGAUUCUGUGGAGACCAUCAGAGCUUUUGUCUCUACAGUAAUAGUUCCAGUUUACAAAUACUAUUUCAUGCCAAUCAAAUCAACUCAAAAGGCUUUGCUGCUGACUACAUGGCUAUAGAUGAUGAUUUGGAUGCGAACUGCCACUGACGAAGCUGAUGGAUUAAGAGUUUCUCAAAUAGUACUUGGAAUAUACUGUAUAAAGUGCUAAGCCUCUAUGAUUCCACAGAUCUACAAGCAAGUUUUAAUGCACUGCUGGACAGUGAUCUGGGUGUGCACUGUUCAGGGGAAAUGCUUCCCAGUCAACAACUAUUUUUCACAUUUUAUACCCAAAAUCCUCCAGGGCAUUUUGCAUGAGACACGUGUGUGACCUUUUUAAUUAUCAGUGGGCUUGUUGUAAAGCUACCAGAUAUAAACAUAAAAUAUAUAUUUUUUUAUAAUGGGGAGAUUGAAAAAUGAUUAGCUUUGGUUUUAGACUUCUUAACUGUGGAAAUUCAGUUGAUCUUGUUCCAGAUCUGAUAUGUGCACAUUGAAUCAAAUGUUAAGUGAAUGUUAAAUAUUCCAACCUGUAUUUGGCUACCAUUCCCUUGUUUGUGUUCUCGUCAGGAUUUUGCUCUAUUUUGUGAAAGAAGAUUCAAGCUCUGUUGUUUUUUUUCUCUGACCUGGCCAUUUCCAGGACUGUUCCAAAUUUCUGUCAACCAUAUAGAAAUUAUUUCUGGCCUUUCUCCUGAAAAGCCAGGUUUUAACUUAUGGACAACACUUCUUGGGCCAAUACUUCCCCAAAAUGUUUAUUUCCAUCAAUUCCACUUAAUUUCCUUGAAAUUUGCCGUCAGUUAAUUCUCAGAUUUAUAAUUUCCAGGAAUUAGAAAGGAAUCCUAGCUUUUGGUAUCUUAAUUUAACACUUGAAAUUCAGGCAUCAUUUUAGUAUAUCAAUUCCACCCUAUCUGUAAAUCCAAUGCAUUCUUUGUGAGUUAUGGUGCCCACAUUUGUCCAAAUUAGUCUUGAUUUUCAUGGAGCUGUAACAUAACUUUGAUAUCAUAUACUUUGGAUAUAAAAAUCAAAGGAAUUCCAUUGGCCUUUAUUAUGUUAUGGACCAAAAUGACAUUUUGAUGAUCUAUGCAUAUGGACACCCAAGUCUCUAUGGGCUCCGAUAUUUCCAGCAUUUUUCAAUUGAGAAAGUUCUGUUCUGUCCUUCCUUGGGUCCAACAAUCACUUACUACCUACGAUAUGCCCAUUCAGUCCAACCUUUGAUGUCUCUAUGUAGUUUAAAGUGUUGGCGCGCAGCCUAAUGGAUAAGGCAUCGGUCUAGUGAUCUGAAGGUCACUGGUUCGAGCCUCAGCUGAGGCAGCAUGUUGUGUCCUUGAGCAAGGCACUUAACAACACAUUGCUCUGCGAUGACACUGGUGCCAAGCUGCAAGGGUCCUAGUGCCCUUCCCUUGGACAACAUCGGUGGCGUGGAGAGGGGAAGGCUUACUGCUUGGGCGACUGCCAGUCUGCCAUACAAUCCUGCCCAGGCCUACAUCCUGGAAAACCUUCCAAGGCACAAAUCCAUGGUCUCACAAGACUAACGGAUGCCUAUUACUAUGUAGUUUAAAUAUUGCUAUCCACAGUGCUUACAAUAUAAUCCACUUUUUGUGACAUUGGCAAGCUUGGGUAUGAAACUUCUUAUUCUAUCAUCGAUGGUCAGGAACUACAAUGAAAUUCUCGAUCCUUCUUUCACCAUUAUCCACCCUGUAACUGUGCUACCACCCAUCCCAUCCACCCACAUUCCGCACUUUGAGAUCAGGCAUUGGAAACAUUUUGAUCCUGGUUAUAGACGGGUAACAUGCUGCUCAGCUUUUUCCCUUCCCACUAAGCACUACAGUAACUUUGUGAUAUUAAGAUAAAUUUCCAUUUGACCCAAGUCACUGUUCUUUUAUUAGGAUGUUAUUAAUUUGUGUUGAGGCUUUUAAAAAUAAUUGAUGAGUAUUUUCAUGUAAUAGAUGAUGACUUUAAAUCGAAGUCAUUGUGCUCUCCUCCAGCUGAAACAAGGAGGAUCAAAACAUUUAGGGUUGGAGUAAAAUAGAAUAUGAAAAAUUUCUGAUUUGUUUUAUAUUAAAACAGGAAUUGCUGAAAGUAAAUUAUAAACAGUGAUUAUAGUUUUCUUAAAUCUGUCUAUUUUUAAAGAUGUGGAAUUGCUGAUUGUCUAAAAAGAUAUCUACAGUGAAGAAUUGAAACAUAUUUACUUGAUGAAUAUUUAUGAGUAAAAUCCACAUCUUUUUUAAAUCGUAUAUUGUGACUUGUGUAUAUCUUAAUUUUUUCACCUUUGAUAUUUGGUAUAGUUUUCUUUUUGGUUUCUGCUAAUAAUGUAAUAUUUUUAGAGUAUUUAUGGA